AGCUCGCAGCAGCAUCUUUUGCACUGGUUAUAUUCCUUCCUGGUCUCUCGGGAGCGAGCCACCCGCCACCACCGCUUCAACAUGCACAAGAUUGCACUUUUCAUGGCUUGCGUCUGCGCUGCCGCCGCCCAGCGGUUCGGUCCCGAUGAGAACUACGCGCCAAUCCCGUACGCCUUCAACUACCUCUCCCAGCUUGUGGACGGAAGCCACUCGCACGAGGAGCAGGGAGACGGCAACGGCCGCGUCACCGGCAGAUACACCCUGACCGACGCCGACGGCCGCUCCAGGACCGUCACGUACACCGCCGACGAGAACGGCUUCCGCGCCCAGGUGGAAACCAACGAGCAGGGCACUGAAUCCAAGAACCCCGCCGACGUCGUCUUCCAGUCCAGCGCGCUGCCAGGACCCGAGGCCGCCAUCGCCAACGAGCCCAACCGAUUCCGCGGCGCAGCAGCACCCAGAGGCUUCAAGAGCUAGAUGGACCGCUGGACCCUAACUGCGUCUUUCCCGCUUCAAACCUUGAUGCCUGUGUGAGGUCGUAUGCCUAAUGUCGUCUGCAACACCGUGGACGAGGGCGCUGUGUAAAGUUUUCUUCCUCUUAUUUCUACCACCGCUUUCUAUCUUCCAUUCCUGUAAUAUGUCCUCUACAUAUGCUCAUCCCUUGCGGUGACAGCUUACCCUAAGGUGUGCCUUGGUCUUUGUCAGUGCUGGUUAUCCUUAACUCAUGUCUGCCGGUCGUCAUUGUAAGUUUUGUCUCUUCUUCUUUUUGUGGGAUUUGUAUUUUUAUUGUUUAAACUUUAGCAGGAAACCCCUUGCCUCGACCGAAAAGUUGUUACUUCCCGGCGGUGAUAUAUGAUCAACAGAAGCGUCCGUACCUGUUAAGGGUUUCUGUCGUUCUCUGAUAUGGGGUAACUUGUUGGAGUCUGUUUGGCUGUUUCUCCACUCCCCAUUUGCUCCACGUGCCAAAAGGUAUCUAGUGGAUGCGUGCUUGUGUUGAUAACAAGCACAUUCCGUUUAUGUUGUCUCUCACCUCGUCAUUGCUUUCUUUGUGUCUCUCACUUUUCCCAAAUGUUUUUUUUUUUUCUGUGGUGUUAUUUAACAUUUCUUUUUAUUGGGCUAUCCUCUCUGUGUACACGCGAGCGCAAUAAAGAGUGGUUCUUUUGACUUCCUGAU